GGCAGAGUGAAUACGGAAGGAAGCUGAUUCUGCUCUGAGUUCUGCGGUGGGAUCGCACCCUCACCCCACCACCCCUUCGAGGCUUCUUGGGGAGGUCUCCAGGGCAGGACUCCGCAAGGCCAGGGCUCGGGCCGCCUGGACGCGGGAACAGCGAACGCGCACCAAGAGGCCACGACCCCCGGCGAGGCGCCAACCGGGCGCUGUUUCGGAGCCCCGGAGCCCAGGCUGGGCAGGGGAGCCAGCGCCUGCGCAGCAGGAAACGCCCCAGGCCGGGCCCGCAGGGCUAGGAGAGCAGAGUCUGGGAAGGUCAGCGUGGCGCCGGGCCAGGGCUGCGGGCUGGGCUCACCUCAUCCUGGACUUGGGAGGGGCGAGGCACCGCCCGUGGGCCUGCCGAUGCCCCGCCCGCCCCCUCCAUGGCCCCGGCCGGGCGAGAGCAACAGCAUGAGAGCCGGUGCCGCCCCUCACGGCCGGUGGACGCGUGGCGAGCCGCGGCGGCCACUCGUGGGCGCUGCAUGGGGACUCCGGGAGUCCCGCGUCGCGCGCGGCGCAGAAGCUGGGGACUACCCCGGAGCUUCUCUGCGCUGGCGGCAGCAGGACUACUGUGCACCGCGUUGACCGCCUGCAUCUGCUGGGGACAGCUGCCCCCACUGCUCUGGGCGUCUUCAGCCCCACAACGCCCGGUGGGUGUGCUGCUCUGGUGGGAACCCUUUGGGGGGCGCGGCGGCCACCCCAAACCUCCCCCCGAUUGCAGCUUGCGCUUCAACAUUAGUGGCUGCCGCUUGCUCACCGACCGCGCGGCCUAUGGGGAGGCUCAAGCAGUGCUAUUCCACCACCGCGACCUGGUGAAGGGACCCCCCGACUGGCCCCCACCCUGGGGCGCCCAAGAGCGCACGGAUGAGGCGCUGGAACUACGCGUGUUCGACGACCAGGAGGGAGCUGUGGUGCUGGCUGGAGAAGCCCUGGAGACCACAGGCUCUCGUCCCCCGGGUCAGCGGUGGGUGUGGAUGAACUUCGAAUCGCCCUCCCAUACUCCGGGGCUGCGGAGCUUGGCCAAAGACCUCUUCAAUUGGACACUGUCCUACCGGACCGACUCGGAUAUCUUCGUGCCCUAUGGCUUCCUCUAUCCCAGGCGCCAUACAGCUGACCAACCAGCAGGAUUGAGCCCCCCGCUGGCCCGCAAGCGGGGACUGGUGGCCUGGGUCGUGAGCCACUGGAACGAGCGCCAGGCACGGGUCCGUUACUACCACCAGCUGAGUCGGCACGUGUCUGUGGACGUGUUUGGCCGGGUGGGACCCGGACAACCAGUGCCAGCCAUCGGGUUGCUGCAUACUGUGGCCCGCUACAAAUUUUACCUGGCCUUUGAGAACUCACAGCACGUGGAUUACAUCACUGAGAAGCUGUGGCGGAAUGCCUUUCUGGCUGGGGCUGUACCAGUGGUGCUCGGUCCAGAUCGUGCCAACUAUGAGCGCUUCGUGCCUCGUGGCGCCUUCAUCCACGUGGACGACUUCCCUAGCGCUGCCUCCCUGGCUGCCUACCUGCUCUUUCUAGACCGAAACGUGGCUGUCUAUCGCCGCUACUUCCACUGGCGCCGGAGCUUUGCGGUGCACAUCACCUCUUUCUGGGAUGAGCCGUGGUGCAGGACCUGCCAAGCUGUGCAGACCUCUGGGGACCAGCCCAGGAGCAUCCACAACUUGGCCGAUUGGUUCCAGCGAUGAGGCCAUUCUGCUGUGAAUUGACUACAUCUCCUUGGCUGAGUUUUCUAAAUACCCAAUUUUUCUUUAUGGGAAGAAGAUGAGUUACCAGUUAAUAUUAUUUAGUACAAGGAUGGGAAAAUUGCCUUCAUGACUAUUUUUUGCAGAGAGGUGGGCUGACUCUCCGGUAGGGGGCUGUGGUGUUCUGGGUGAAGGAGGCCCUUCCUUACCUGUCACCCAGGUAAAGAAGUGGCCUAUCCUUCUGGCCACAGGCCUUAUCAGGGGCCCAUGUGACCUCUAAAUUUUAGAUGUAUUUGUUCUGUGAUCAUGGUUGCUUGGACGAAGGAAGAGCUGUUGGGUAUGGGAUAGUGGAAGGACUGUGCCCCUCUAGGUGGGGUUUUCUUUGAUGGUUGGAUUCCUCUGAACCCUCUGAACCUGGAAAAGAUAAGUCAUUGACUUCCUUCACCAGCAAUGUGUGUCCACUGUCCCCAGCCCUGUGAACAGAAACGAGAGACGAGCUUAUCCUCAGAGGGAAAUUAAGAUGAAGACUUGGGUGCCCCUCACUUCACCCUAGAAUUCUCCUCCUGAAAAGCUGUAUUUAAGUGACACCCCAAAUUCUUGGGCCUAAAGGAGAAAGUAUUUAGUAGAAAUAAAUGAAAAGUCCCUUUACAAUGUGAAAGACUGUCUUGUAAUUACUUCUUCUGUCUUUAUAGUUUCCCGUAACCUGGAUUAGGAAAACAUUAAAAAAAAAAAAAAAAAGAUAUGAAAGAACCACAAUCUUCUCCCAGCCAAUGUUUACAAAUGGAAGAGACAUAAAUGGCGAUGUCUUGCCCACAAAUUUGUUUAUUCUGUGUCUCUGCUGGACCUGAAGUUUAAGCUGGAGUGUGAGUCCUUCAGCAGCGUUGGCACUGCUGUGCAGAGAGCAGGAGAGGACUUCAGCGAACUGUGGGUGUGCACAAGGAGGAAAGCUUCGGUGGCACCUGUGUGUGGUUGUCCCGCUGUCUGUCCAGUUUCUGCUCAGUGGAGCUGAUCUGCUGCUGUUUACUAUGAUUAGUCGACUGUUUUGUUCUCCCCCUGCCCUGCUCCUCGGACACCCACUCAUUCCAGUGCCUUGGACCCUGCACUGCAGGACCAAUCUUGAAAACACAGUCAUUGAUUUUCCCGCUCAACGGAUGUCAGGGCAUGCCUGCUGGUGCCAAAUGCUGGGCGUGAGCUCCCAAGGAGCUGGGAACACUAGGAUGAAGAAUGAACCUGGGCACCAAGUUCCUCUUCUGUGAACUCGUGUGGGAGGAGGGCACCCGAGAAUUUACCGUGGGAAGUAGGCGAUGCCGCCUCGUGUUUAGUGGGCAGUUGGCUAAACGUGUGUAUUCAGAAGCGUACUGCCUACUGUUCUUCGCAGGGAUUUUGUAUAUCCCCAUAUGCAUUUUACUCCUGAAAUUAAAUUUCAAGAUCUAUUACAGAACAAAUAAAAAAAAAAGGAAAGUUAGUCAUAUAUUAUCUAUUUCAAAUAAAUCCUUAAAACUGAGCCAUAUUUCAGGAUCAUGCAAUUUCUAUAUAGCAUAUAUUUUCAGUCUCGAAGUAUGUAUAUUUUGAUAAAGUUAUGUAAUUAACGUGGUUUGUAUUGUUUCGCCGACACCUUCUGCAUUAAAUCUGUGUAAAACUA